AUGGAGCCACUGCCCAGUGGCGACUGCUUCGACCCGGGUGAAUUCCUAGAUCCCGACUACCGCUGGGUAGGAAUGCAAGAAGUGGAAGUAAGAUCCGAACCUGUGGAGGAGGCAGCACCAGAAGCCAAGGAAGUCCUUCCCGGCCCAGUGGGCAGCAUUAACUCCGGAGACGCCGACCAUGACGGCAACUAUGAAGGCUUCUUCAGCUCUGUCAACCAUGAAGGCGACGUCAGGCGUGAAGGCGACAUCAACGCUGAAGGCGUGGUGAACCACGACGGCUCAGGGAACCAGGAGAUCGGCGGUGGCGUCCAGGAGCUGGGGCAGCAGCACCCUGAACCGCCACCGCAAGGGGCAGCCGUUGGGGCUCUUCCGGCCUGUGGCGGGCCUCAAGGACUCCUGCGCUCUAGGUUCACGGCGGUUCAGGUGCAGGAGCUGGAAAACGUUUUCCAGCGCACUCAAUACGUUGAUGGUCCGACAAGAAAGGAACUUGCAAGAAGCAUGGACGUGAGUGAAACCAGAGUGCAGGCUUGGUUUAAGAAUAGGAGGGCCAAGAUGAGGAGAAAUGUGAGAGCCGCACUGCUCAGAAACACCGAACCUGCUAACCUGCACCACCUGUACGUGCUAAAGCUGGACCCGUCAAACAUCAUUCUGUUGGACCAGUCCUAGAAUGCGGUCCUCGCACCGGAGCCGGGUUGGAGAUGGGUUCCGGUGUCCCUGACACCGGGCCUGCCCUCCUUGCCUCUGCCACGUUUUUCUUCUUUGCAGCUGUUUUCAAUAAAGAAAUAAAUUCUCCA